ACCACUAUUGAAGCACACGAAGAAGAAAAGCUAACCUCCCUACUAAUACGGAAAAAACUGUGUGCCUUGUGUGGUAGCGUUCAAACUAAAUCAGUGAGGUGUCGUUUACGUCUUUGAAAGGAAUUGGCUUCCGAUUGACGAUUUGGAUGAGGGCAAUUUCCACAGCUGUUUGUGAAAGCAAGAGGUGAUCUUACAGUCUGCAGUUGCCCCAUUCUGUGUCAGCAGUGCUAUCCAGUCAAACAUGUCUGACGGCCGGAUCUAUGUUGGAAAUCUCCCUAUGGAUGUCCAGGAAAGAGAUAUAGAGGAUCUCUUCUUCAAAUAUGGAAAAAUCCGGGAAAUUGAAUUGAAGAAUAACCGAGGAACCAUUCCUUUUGCCUUCAUCCGAUUUGAGGACCCACGGGAUGCUGAAGAUGCUGUCUUUGGACGGAAUGGAUAUUCAUAUGGGAACUCCAAAUUACGUGUGGAGUAUCCUCGAUCCACUGGUGGUAAAACUGGUCCAAUGGGAACCGGUGGAGCACAGAGAGGAAGAUUUGGACCCCCAACUCGAAGAUCCGAAUUUCGGGUCAUAGUGACUGGGUUGCCUUCUUCUGGGAGCUGGCAGGAUCUGAAGGAUCAUAUGCGAGAAGCGGGAGAUGUUUGUUUCGCGGACGUGCAGAGCGACGGAGACGGUGUAGUGGAGUUUCUACGUAGAGAGGACAUGGAGUACGCCCUGCGCCGACUCGACCGGACCGAAUUCCGCUCGCAUCGGGGUGAGACCUCGUACAUCCGAGUUUACGAGGACAGAGGUGGUGCCCCCAACUGGGGUCGUUCUCGUUCUCGCUCCAGGUCCCGAGGUCGCUAUUCUCCUCCGUAUUUCAACAGAGGAUCGCCCCCUCGCUACCAGUCUCCUCCACGCCAUCCUAUGCUGCGACAUAGUCCACCCCCCAGGAGGCCCCACCUUAGCCCACCUCCACGUCAUUACCGAUAGAGGGGCUCAUUAUUUACUUGACAUUUGGAGGAAAUGUUUCUAAUUUACAUCAGGCAACCUUGUUGUUCUUUCUGUAUAAAUGCAUUCCAUGGUGAGAAACCCCACAACAGCCUGCUCCUCGGCAGCCUUAAAGACAGUUUUCCUGCUUUUACUUACCUUAAAAACAGGGUUGUUAAAUAAGUUCAGUCAUUGUCUAACUUCUGGCUGGUCACACAAACGUUGAAACUUGUUCAAACGUAAUCUUGUGUGGUUGAGAGAGGCUUGUUAAAAUCUUCAUUUAUCAGGCUGAAUGUCCUUUGCUUUCAUUUAAUUGGAUAAAAUUCAGAGUCCCAUUUCAGCUUUUUUUGUUUUGUUUUCCUCCAACUGAUGUCAAUCAGUGAGCCGUUUUCUUGUUGCCUGUGAACCUGUUUUUCUUUAAAUGCGUGAACCAUUGAUUAAGGUGAACUGUAGGUUGAAUAUACAUUUUAUGUAAUUGUGUUUUUCCUUACCAAUAAAAUACAAACUUUGAA